CACAGAGAGCAACAAUGGCUUCCAAAGCUCUCAUUUUCUUUGCUCUCUUUUCCCUCACAGUUGUGGCCUCAUUUGCUGAGUCAACCGAGUCAUCCGAGUCAGACUCAGGCCUUGUCCUCAACUUCUACAAAGAUUCAUGCCCACAAGCUGAAGACAUCAUCAAAGAACAAGUCAAACUUCUUUACAAACGCCAUAAGAACACUGCUUUCUCUUGGCUCAGAAACAUCUUCCAUGACUGUGGUGUUGAGUCAUGUGAUGCUUCAUUGCUUCUGGAUUCAACAAGAAGAAGCUUGUCUGAGAAGGAAACCGACAGGAGUUUUGGGCUUAGAAACUUCAGAUAUCUUGAAACCAUCAAGGAAGCUGUAGAGAGAGAGUGCCCAGGAGUUGUAUCUUGUGCAGAUAUACUUGUACUUUCUGGAAGGGAAGGGAUUGUUGCGCUAGGAGGACCAUACAUACCUUUGAAAACAGGGAGAAGGGAUGGAAGGAAGAGCAGAGCUGAUGUGUUGGAGCAAUACCUCCCAGAUCACAAUGAGAGCAUGUCUGUGGUUCUUGAAAGAUUUAAGAACAUUGGCAUUGACACCCCUGGAGUUGUUGCUUUACUAGGUUCUCACAGCGUUGGUAGGACACACUGCGUGAAGCUGGUGCACCGUCUCUAUCCGGAGGUGGACCCCGCACUUAACCCGGAUCAUGUUCCACACAUGCUCCACAAAUGCCCAGAUGCAAUCCCCGACCCAAAGGCGGUUCAGUACGUGAGAAAUGACCGUGGUACCCCUAUGAUACUCGACAACAACUACUACAGAAACAUACUAGACAACAAAGGAUUGUUGAUUGUGGAUCACCAAUUGGCCACAGACAAAAGAACAAAACCAUAUGUGAAGAAAAUGGCAAAAAGCCAAGAUUAUUUCUUUAAGCAUUUUGGCAGAGCAAUCACCAUUCUUACAGAGAACAAUCCACUAACUGGAAAUGAAGGUGAGAUCAGAAAGCAAUGCAAUGUUGCCAAUAAACACCAUUGAAGAAAAGAAGGUUUCUUUAUGCUUUUUUAUGAUGAUGAUGAUGAUGCUAUGGAGAAUAAAAAGAUGAUGAUGGUGGUGGCUUCCAAAGUGUUAAAUGUAGGACAUGCUUUCUUGUUUCUUUAUCUUUAUGUUUGAGGGAAAGUGAUGAUGGUGAAUGAAUGUACAUAUGGAUGUAUGGAUGUAUGGAUGGAUGGUGGAGUAUGAGUAUUUAUGGUGCAAGAAAAAGUGGUUGUUGAAGCAAGAACUAUGCAAUUAAUCUAAGGUUUUCUUUGUUUUUCUAUGCA